AUGGAAGGGGUGGGGGGACAUAGAGGAUAUGGGGAGUAUGGGGAGGACAUGGCUGGGGAGGGAGGACAUAGAGGAUAUCGGGAGUAUGGGGACGACAUGGAAGGGGUGGGUGGACAUAGAGGAUAUGGGGAGUAUGGGGAGGACAUGGGUGGGGUGAGGAGGACAUGGAAAGGGUGGGAAGGACAUGGAAGGGGUUGGGAGGACAAGGAAGGCAUGGGUGUGGUGGGUAGGGAUGACAUGGAGGGAUGGGACAGGACAUGGGAGGGUGGAGGAGGACAUGGUGGGGAUGGGACAGGACAUGGGUGGGGUGGAGGAGGGACAUGGUGGGGAUGGGACAGGACAUGGGAGGGUGGAGGAGGACAUGGUGGGGAUGGGACAGGACAUGGAGGGGAUGGGACAGGACAUGGGUGA